AUGUCGCUUGCCUCCUUUCGGAAUCUGCGUACCCAGUGGUUCCCCCCUAAAGCGGCCUUCACUGAGAAAGAGCUGCCUUUGCAGAAAGGUCGGGUUUUUAUCGUGACAGGCGGCAAUGCAGGCGUCGGCUUUGAAUUAUGCAAGAUCCUGUAUGGCUCCGGUGCCACCAUCUACAUGGCAUCAAGAUCGAAGGAGCGUGCCGAAACCGCAAUUCAAUCCAUUAUGAAGGUUCAACCUGCACCGACGAUGCCUGGUAAGAUCAAGUUCCUCCAUCUUGACCUCAACGACUUGGAAUCAGUCAAGAAGGCGGCGACUACCUUCGCACAACAAGAAUCAAAGCUCGAUGUCCUUUGGAACAAUGCAGGAACUGGAGCGAACCGAGUGGAAGUCGGUGCUACAACAGCCCAGGGAUUCGAGGCUAUGGUGGGCAUGCACUGUAUCGCAACUUUGCUAUUCACCGAGCUCCUGCGACCCCAGCUACGGGCGGCCGCAGCAGCGCCCGAGACACCUCUUGGAUCAGUCCGGGUAGUGUGGACUUCCAGCUUUUUGGCGGAGGGCGCCUCGCCGGCAGAUGGGAUUGAUUUCACCAUGUUAGAUUCGGGUACCAAAGAUCGUACUCGCAACUAUGCUGUCUCUAAGGUGGGAACCUGGAUGCUGGGCCGCGAGUUGGCCCGACGAUACCGUCUCGAUCAGGAGAACAUUGUGAGCGUGGUACAGAAUCCAGGCAAUCUAAAUGCAGGCUCCUAUGCAGGGACUCCGGCGAUUGCUAUGUUUUUUAUAAGCCCUUUGCUUUAUGAGGCCAAGUAUGGGGCCUAUACCGAGCUAUACGCCGGCUUAUCAUCUGAGAUAACCCUUGAGAACAAUGGCGCCUAUGUUAUUCCCUGGGGAAGAAUUCGACCGGACAAGGAUUGCCCACGACGAGAUAUCGUUGCGGCGAUGACUUCAGCCGAGGAUGGGGGACUUGGAUAUCCAACACGGUUUUGGGAGUGGUGUGAGCGGCAGUGGAAGCCCUUUGUGUAA